AUGGAGUUCGAUUUGCAGCUGAAGUUCGCGGAGGUCGCCUCGUUCAUACACAAGCACGAGGACAGCAUGCACCGCAGGGCUCCGCCGGCGUGGAUGAACCCCACGCUUCCUGACUGCAGGUUUUGUGGCGGAACCAACUCAGCGAAGCCGGUGAUUUCGGAUAAGAAGAAGAGAAUAAAUUGGCUGUUCUUGCUGCUGGGGCAAAUGCUGGGGUGCUGCACGCUCCAGCAACUCAGGUAUUUCUGCAAGCACACCAAGAAUCAUCGCACGGGCGACAAGCGUCAGCUUCUUUACUGUACCUAUCUUGUCAUGUGCAAGCAGCUUGAUCCGGAGGGGCCUUUUGAUCCAUGA